ACGGAUGCUUGUAAUCUUGCGACCAGAUUGGUGCCUUUGUAACCUUGUAAACCAAAGCUGAAAAGGUUGUUUGAUAACUGUUUUGGAGGAUAUGAUUGCCCGACCAUUCUUCUCGCAGGAGUUUUGGUCUCUUAUUUCCUGUUUAUAGUUUUUCUGUAGAUAUUAGUUUCCGCUCCUUUUUGAACUGUUUUUCCGAUAAUGUUUUUGGUCGCAUGAAUAUUUUUUUUCUGUGUGAUGUGUGAGCGUUCUGUGAUAAAGUAAGUUAUAGAAAUAUAUAAUAAUUAACGCAAGUAAGUAUCUUCUAGUCACAGUUUCUGAAGAUUUCUAGCUGAAUAAAAAUGACGGACAUAUUCACGUAUAUGGAUAAGCUUGUCGCUGAGACUGAUGGGCUAAGAUCCAUUGCUGUCGCGGACCGCGAUGGCGUUGCGGUAUUGAGGGCACCACAAGCGGCGAACCUCCAGAUGUCAGACCUUCAAUCGGAGCAAAUACUGACCACAAUAUUUUCCCUCACAACCGAUCAGACAACGAAAGUGAAGCUACUAGGUACUAUUUAUCUCGUGCACGUCUACGAUUUUUUAACUGAGAAUUGAUAGCACAGGUUUGUAUACGAAGACGCUAUAGUGAGAAAUUUUAAAUGUAAAUGGAUCACGUUAUGUUGACAUCAAAACCACUACUUUUUCACCAUGAACAUGACGACCAGCUUUCACGUGUUUCGUCGGUCUCUCGUAGCAUGAAAAAAAUUUUUACACCACCCCUCGCAACUUUGCCACAGGUAAUUGCCGCAGCAUAUGUUUGAUGCACGACGACGCGACAGUGCUCCAAGGAAAUUUCGGUCCUUUGGUUAUUACCUUGAAUGCCCAGAGACAGUGUCACAUAGCGGAACUGACAGAGGUUUUACAAGAUCUGAAAGAAGUGCUAUCACAAGCAAAGGAGGUAAUCGCUCGGGAAAUAGAUAAUUGGUAGUGCUGUGGCAGCAGACGGGCUGCCUGUCUCUUCUAUCGAAUUUUUUGAGGGACACUUUGGGUCUAUUUUGUGCGUAUGAUAGUGGAGCCCGACAGUUGCUUGCUGAAGAUCCCGACAUUGCGACACUGAUCGUUUAUCCCCAUGAAACAUUAAUUCAGUAGUUGAACUUUGGAAGAUCUUGCAGGUGGGGUGCCCUACACCUUCCUUUGAAGGUUUGACUUAUAUUUAUUGGAAAGGAGCGCCGUGUUCGAUCGAAUACAGGCGGCGCUUUGUUGCUGUGGUGGACAGCGAGUGGCCCUACAGAAUCUACUCUGAUUAUGAUAAAAA